CCACAAUCUCAGUAAUAUCUCCUAGAGUACAGAACACCACACAGCAGCGCUUAAUGCAAUGGCGUCUACUGCUGCUAUCGGUGUUCUGAAAGCUCCAUCAUCAUCUGUUUCUUCUUCUUCUUCUUCAUUAUCUAGUGGGUCUGGCAAGAAAGCCAUUUCUAGGAGUCUGUGUUUCUCGGCUUCACAGCUUUGUGGAGAUAAGAUCGCCGCAGUUUCAGUGGGAGGCGGCGGCUCUGGCUGCCGCAAGCCGGUGAUUGUAUCUCCCAGGGCUGUUUCUGAUUCUAAGAACUCCCAGACAUGUCUUGACCCGGAUGCUAGCCGUAGUGUACUCGGCAUCAUACUUGGAGGUGGUGCUGGAACUCGUCUUUACCCAUUGACUAAGAAGAGGGCAAAACCAGCCGUUCCUCUUGGAGCAAACUACAGGCUGAUUGAUAUCCCUGUAAGCAACUGCCUAAAUAGCAAUAUAUCCAAGAUCUAUGUUCUCACACAAUUCAAUUCUGCAUCCCUCAAUCGUCACCUUUCCCGUGCAUAUGCAAGCAACAUGGGUGGCUACAAAAAUGAGGGUUUCGUUGAGGUUCUUGCUGCUCAGCAAAGUCCAGAAAACCCAAAUUGGUUCCAGGGCACUGCAGACGCUGUUAGGCAAUAUUUAUGGCUAUUUGAGGAGCACAAUGUGUUGGAAUUCUUAGUUCUGGCUGGUGACCAUUUGUACCGAAUGGACUAUGAGAAAUUUAUUCAAGCACACCGAGAAACUGAUGCUGAUAUUACUGUGGCUGCAUUGCCGAUGGAUGAAAAGCGUGCCACUGCAUUUGGUCUGAUGAAGAUCGAUGAAGAAGGACGUAUUAUUGAAUUUGCUGAAAAGCCAAAAGGAGAACAACUGAAAGCUAUGAAGGUUGAUACUACUAUUCUGGGUCUUGAUGAUGAGAGAGCGAAAGAAAUGCCUUUUAUUGCUAGCAUGGGUAUAUAUGUUGUCAGCAAACAUGUGAUGCUAGAUCUUCUCAGAGACAAAUUUCCUGGUGCAAAUGACUUUGGAAGUGAAGUCAUUCCCGGCGCAACUUCUAUUGGAAUGAGAGUUCAAGCUUACUUAUACGAUGGCUAUUGGGAAGACAUCGGUACAAUUGAGGCUUUCUACAAUGCAAAUCUUGGCAUCACUAAAAAGCCAGUGCCAGACUUCAGUUUCUAUGACCGUUCAGCGCCAAUCUACACCCAACCUCGAUAUUUGCCUCCAUCUAAGAUGCUUAAUGCUGAUGUCACCGAUAGUGUUAUUGGUGAAGGUUGUGUAAUUAAGAACUGCAAAAUUCACCAUUCUGUGGUUGGGCUUAGAUCUUGCAUAUCAGAGGGAGCAAUCAUAGAAGACUCACUUUUGAUGGGGGCUGAUUAUUAUGAGACUGAUGCUGAUAGGAGGUUCCUGGCUGCCAGAGGCAGUGUUCCAAUUGGUAUUGGAAAAAAUUCUCAUAUCAAAAGGGCAAUAAUUGACAAGAAUGCUCGUGUUGGAGAAAACGUUAAGAUCCUCAAUGCCGACAAUGUUCAAGAAGCUGCAAGGGAAACUGAUGGCUAUUUCAUAAAAAGCGGCAUUGUUACAGUGAUCAAGGAUGCAUUGAUUCCCGGUGGAACUGUCAUCUAAGGAGCUCUGCAUGGUUUCCAUAUCCUGAAGAUGGAGAUGGAGCACUUUUUCACGGCACAAGGUUUAAUAGAGGUCCUGCUUCCACGUUGGAGAUAUGCUUUGGGGCUAAUGAUGUAUAUUUUUGGCUAGGAGCUUGUAAGUAAUAGAGGAAAAGACCUGCCCUCUGAGUAGUUGCUAUGUAAUGCUCUUUAUUCGUUUAAAUUAAAUAAAAGCUUUUAAGCUGUUAUGGACUGCAUGGUCUAUAGCAUGUUUAAAAUGGGAAUAAAGCCUCAAAAGUGAGGAAAGAAACAUCUCAUCUAAACAGUUAUUAAUUGAUUUCUGGGCUAUGCUAAAUAAAAA